AUGGACACGUGGAGCUUCUUCUCUACUUGCCUGGUGUUCUUAUGGCUGCACAGGAUUUACGUCGAUUCUGCAGUUGCUUUUGGGAUCAGCAUUUGGAUCGUCAUUCAGUUCUCCACCUCCAAAGCCCGAGAGAAGGUAACAGAGCAUACAGUGCUUGUUCCACAGGGUGAAAAACCCACUGGGAAUCCUGCUUGUUCUGAAGGGAUAGAAGACAAGCUAGUCAAUGGAUGUGCCACCCUGCAGAGAAAGGAGGUCUAUGUUGCCGGGGUAAAGAUUUUCUAUGGGUCUCAGACUGGCACGGCAAAGAGAUUUGCCAGAGUUCUUGCUGAGGCAGUUAUUUCCCUUAAUGUGCCAGUGGGAGUCAUUAGCAUGGGAGACUAUGAUCCAGAUGAUUGUUUAUUAGAGGAGACAAGCAGCAGGAACAUCUGUGUGUUCUUGGUGGCUACGUACACAGAUAGGCAGCCGACCGAGAGCGCAGCCUGGUUCUGUAGGUGGUUAGAAGAGGCUGCGAAGGACUUUCGCUUUGGGAAAGCCUAUCUGAAGGGCCUGAGAUAUGCUGUGUUUGGCUUGGGAAACUCUGUGUAUGUUGAUCAUUACAACACAGUUGGAAGAAAUAUUGACAGGUGGCUGUGGAUGCUCAGCGCCAGCCGGAUCAUGACUCGUGCCGAGGGGGACUGUAACGUGGCCCAGAGCGAGCAUGGCACCAUUGAGGCUGACUUUGAAGCCUGGAAAGCCAAGUUCCUCAGUCGGCUUCAGGCCCUCUGCAGAGGGGAAAAGAAGCCCUGCAGUGGGAAGUGCGAGAAAGGGAAGUGCAAAUCUCCAGGGAAGCAGAGCAGGGAGAGUUCAGAUCAUGAACAUGGGGUAUCGGACUGUGCGAAUACUGAGGCAGAGGAGUUGUUUGAAAGCAGUAGUGAGGAGGAGGCUGAUGCUGAGGAAGCUGGAGGGGCAAGUUCUGUCCUUGAUGUUGAAGAUCUUGGCAAUCUCAUGAGGCACAUGAAGGAAGCCAAGAGAGGACUUGAGCUGGAGGAAGGAGAUGUUGGAAUGAGCUUGACUCAAGAGAACCCUGGGAGGAAGGAGGAGGGUGGGAAGCGAGAGAUGAUAACCCCAGCUCUGAGAGAAGCGCUCACAAAACAAGGUUACAAGCUGAUUGGGAGCCAUUCUGGGGUGAAGCUCUGCCGAUGGACAAAGUCGAUGCUCCGAGGCCGAGGAGGCUGCUCCAAGCACACAUUUGAUGGAAUUGAGAGCCACCGCUGCAUGGAGGCCACCCCGAGCCUGGCCUGCGCCAACAAAUGUGUCUUUUGCUGGAGACAUCAUACAAAUCCAGUGGGCACAGAGUGGCAAUGGAAGAUGGACCAACCUGAACUGAUAUUGCAGGAGGCUAUUGAGAACCAUCAGAAUAUGAUCAAGCAGUUCAAAGGCGUCUCAGGAGUACAAGCAGCUCGCUUUGAGGAAGCAAUGAGCGCAAAGCACUGCGCACUGUCACUGGUGGGAGAGCCCAUCAUGUACCCGGAGAUCAACCGGUUUGUGAGGCUCCUGCACCAGCACAGCAUCUCUACUUUCCUGGUUACAAAUGCACAGUUCCCAGAUGAGAUUAGGUGAGAGUUGGACAAAAUACCUCCCUACUAAAACAUUUGAGUGCAGACUUGUGUUUUAAUUCCAUUUUAUUGCUCAUCAAUCAGCUCUGUGCUGACAAUGAAAAAGCCCACUCAGCAUCUAUUUGAUUUUAGCCUUUGUAUCCCCAUGCUCUUUCUCAUCUCUUUUUCUACCAGUUUGAUUUUUCCUUUCUGUAUCUCUUGAAGUGGGAUUACUUCUGAAAAGGAAGAGGAUAUAAUAUAGUACCUCCUGGACGUGCAGCGAAGAGGAGCGAGUGAGCUGCACAUUGGGCUUGGGGACAUGGAUGAUAACUAGUGCAAGUGUUUCUGAGAGCCAGAGCAGGAGACUCAGCUUGUAAAUUGCCUUUUUCAUUUGUGAGCUUCUCUUGCAGUCUGAUCUUUGUUCUAACUCCAGAAGAAGGUUUGGAUGGGGCUUGAAGCAACCU